UUAUAUCUUGAAAGAUUCAAGCAGUGUUAUCAGCAGCCAACGGAAUCUUGCAGAUAGAAUACCGGCAACGGUCAAGGAAAUGGCGUCGACUAGAAGUUUCGUUCGAGAAUAGCGAACACCACAGUUUCUUGGCUGUUUUAUAUCCUACAUCUAUGCGUUUAAGUGCAAGAUCAUUUUUUUAAUGCUUCAGCAUUCGUUGAUUAACAGAAAAAGGCAAUGCCGAACAUCAUACAAACGACUUUGAAUUAUCCAGCGCUAACUUGCAAUAAUGGAGAGAACAAUAUCUGGAUUGCUUGUUCAAUCCUAGAGCAGGUCAAUUCGCCAAUUGGCGAUACAGAAGCCUCGUCCCUCAGCAACGAGGAAAAACAAAUUACCGAAAAGCUUCUGAACGAAACCAAAUGCUGUGGCUACUUUAUCACGCACGUCUCUAGCAUAGAUUUCAAAUGCUUAUAUCCAGAGACGUUUAAUGAUCAAUUGGACACUUAUAUCCUGAAACAUGCAAAGGAAAACAACUUCCUGCAAGACAUUUGCUACCAAUUGGUGGAUUGCGUGUCAUGGCUACAUGAACGGAGCAUUUACCGCAAUAGUAAACUUCAUCCUGGAAACAUUUUCAUCAAGACUUUUCACAGUCAGUGGAAAGUAAAGCUUAUAGUUUCCGAAAAUCCUUUUCACAAUUUGGACCAAGAGUACAUCAAUUUGUGGUCGGAAAUCAAUCCGGAUCAGGAUUUGGCACCCACGAGGGACGGAACUGCCAUCCAGAGAGACCUAGCUUCCGUAAUCAUCCUAUUGUUUUUUAUCCAGUCAGCCGGCGCUCAUCCUUUUCAAAUAACUACCCCUGUUGAUCCGCCACAGCCGAAAAAGCACCAAGGCGUAAAGGAACAAAUUGAAAGGCACACAUUCAGUUUAGUUGCCUUGGAUAGAAAAUGCUUUUGUCAAAGCCAAAGCGACAACUGCGAAAAUCCGCAAUGCAAAUAUCGUUUUUGGGUCAAUAUGCUGGCCAAGGAUUGUACGCAUAGUAAGCUAACCGAAGUCUUUCAUAACAAAACAAGUUCAUAUACCAGAGAAUCGUUACGAGAAUUUAUGGAGCAUCCCUUUUUCUGGAAGACUUCCGGAGUUCUGAGGUUCAUCGAGCAAUCAUCAAACUACUUGAAAGAGGCACAAGAUAAAGAAAAAGAAAACAAAUUUGGUUAUUUUUCGCCAAGUCAGUCGAACAAACGGGGACAGCGUCAGUUGCCAAGCGGUCCAUCAGCUGCCACAAGGGCAAUGGAAGAGGUUAUACCGUGGCGACUUGAUAGUGACCUUUUGACGAAAAUUAAAACGAACUAUAAAAACAUUUUCGAGUAUUUACAUGAAAAACCUCCUAAGAAAUUUUUACCGUGUAUCACAAUUUAUUACGAACUUCUCAACCAAAUACGAAACAAGAGUUCUCACUGGAAUGAGACGACUGCAUGUGGAACUAGAGCCAGAGAAGAUUUGGAGAGAAUCACGUUUGGAGCAGAUAGUAAUAUGGAUGUUCAGCAUAAGUAUUGUUUGUUCUGGAACAUACAUUUCCCCAAACUUAUUCUCUACACAUGGAAAAACCUAAAAGAUGUAGUUGCGAGUCAAUAAACAUGUCAAGAAAUGA